AAGCGCAGCCAACUUCACCUACGUCGCUGUCACGAACUGCAAUUUUUAUAAAAAAGGAAAGAAAUUGAACAUUUUUAAAAGGCGUAGAAAGUGUCAGUGUCGUGGGAGAAACGCCAUUUUUAAGCUGCAAACGAGGCGUACGUCGCCAUCUCAACACAUAAUUGAUUUUUAGCUCACGCAUUCUUAACCAGCCAAACGCAAUUGCGGCCCCUUAUUCAAGCGGCAAAUAGGAAAAACCAAGUAGCGGACCGAAAAUGACGUCUUUGGAGCAGAAUCGUUUGCAAAAUUUUAAAAACAAAGGGAAAGACCAGGAUGAAAUGCGUCGACGUCGCAACGAAGUGACCGUGGAGCUGCGAAAGAACAAGCGCGAAGAGACCAUCCUGAAGCGGCGCAAUGUACCCAAUCUGGACUCGAACACAGACGAGGACGAGCAGUUGCCCACGUCUAUCAACCUGAAGAAGCUUGCCCAGGCAGCCGCCGACGCCAGCAAGCCGGAGCAACAGCUGGCCGCCGUCCAGGCUGCCCGCAAGCUGCUGUCCUCGGACAAGAAUCCACCCAUCAACGAUCUGAUCCAGAGCGACAUUCUGCCCAUCCUGGUGGAGUGCCUCAAACAACACAAUCACACAAUGCUCCAGUUCGAGGCCGCCUGGGCCCUGACCAACAUUGCCUCCGGCACCUCGGACCAGACAAAUCAGGUUGUUGCCGCCGGCGCCGUGCCACUCUUUCUUCAACUUCUCAACUCGCCCGCUCCAAAUGUCUGCGAACAAGCCGUCUGGGCCUUGGGCAACAUCAUUGGCGAUGGGCCUUUGCUACGAGACUUUGUCAUCAAGCACGGCGUUGUCCAGCCACUGCUGUCGUUCAUCAAGCCUGACAUCCCCAUCUCAUUCUUGCGCAAUGUGACCUGGGUGAUUGUGAAUUUGUGCCGCAACAAGGAUCCGCCGCCACCGGCAGCAACCAUCCACGAGAUCCUGCCCGCACUCAACGUGCUUAUCCAUCACACCGACACGAAUAUUCUGGUGGACACAGUCUGGGCUAUUAGCUAUCUGACUGAUGGUGGCAACGAGCAAAUCCAGAUGGUCAUCGAGAGCGGGGUGGUGCCCAAGCUGAUACCGCUGCUGGGCAACAACGAGGUCAAGGUGCAGACCGCUGCGCUCCGAGCCGUUGGCAAUAUUGUGACUGGAUCCGAUGAGCAGACACAGGUUGUGCUCAACUACGACGCGCUCUCCUACUUCCCGGCCCUGCUGUCGCAUCCCAAGGAGAAGAUCCGCAAGGAGGCCGUCUGGUUCCUUUCCAACAUCACCGCAGGCAACCAGUCGCAGGUACAGGCCGUUAUCAACGUGGGCCUGCUGCCCAAAAUCAUCGAUAACCUAAGCAAGGGCGAGUUCCAGACACAGAAGGAGGCCGCCUGGGCCAUCAGCAAUCUGACCAUUAGCGGCAACAGGGAACAGGUCUUCACCCUGAUCAAGGAGGGCGUCAUUCCGCCCUUCUGUGAUCUCCUAUCGUGCCAGGAUACGCAAGUUAUCAAUGUUGUUCUUGAUGGCCUGAACAACAUGCUCAAAGUGGCCGACUCGCAUGUGGAGGCUGUGGCCAACUUUAUUGAGGAAUGCGAAGGUCUGGCCAAAAUCGAACGCCUGCAGAGCCACGAGAACGUUGAAAUUUACAAAUUAGCUUAUGAAAUCAUCGAUCAAUACUUUACGGAUGAGGGCGAACAGACUAACAUGGCACCCAGUUCCGACGGCACGCAAUACAACUUCGACCCGAAUGCUGAUAAACUACCAAUGAACUCAUUCAACUUUUAACGAUCCAAUCCGGAGGCAGACGAAGUAGCAGUGAAGUGAAAACCAAACGCGUGCAACACACAUAAUUUGGCGUUUAUACGUACACAAUCCAUUGUGUAUGAAAACCCGACGAGCCGCCAACCAAUUCACAUAAUAAUAGCAUUAUAAUUUGUCCACCACACAGCAGCAAUUAGACAGCCGGGUUCUUUUUAGGAACAAGGAUAGGAACUCCGGAGGAUACACAACGGAAAAUCCGCUGCAGCCGUUUUAGCUUCUCUCAAUUCUGUGUUAUCAAAAUUACAAACUCCAGACAUACACACACUUGUGAGUGUGUGGCUGUGCAAUGCAAGGACUAAUCCGAUUGGGGUGACUCUGCUAAAGAUCAUCCAAAAUAUAUACACACAGGAAUGAACAAAAUUUUUAAAACCAAUGUAGAACUAUUUGAUUUAUAUGGAAUAAUUUAAAUAUGUACGCUUUUGAUUUGUAAUUGAAAUUACAUAUGUAUACAUUUCUAACAAGAAAACGAUAAAAGCAAAA